CCAUGUCUGCACCUGGGAUCCAAACCGGCCGAAGCAGAAUGUGCGCACUUAACCACUGAGCCACCAGGCCAGUGCCUGCCUUAUUCUUUUAAUGACUACAAACUACAACAUAUGGAUGUAUGAUAAUUUAUUUAACUGGUGCUCUGUUUUAGCUCUGGACAUUUAGGUUGUCUCCAGUGUUAGGUUAUUGCAAACAAUGUUGCAGUGAAUAUUCUACUUGCUUAAAACGAGAGCCUACUUCACAAAUAAGUGAGGUACUCCAGCACAUGGGGCCAUGCUGAUGUUCUCUGUGCAUUUAAGUUUUUGGUUUAUGUGCUACAACACUGUAACGAAACUUCCUAUUUCUUUUACAAGGAAAGGAGAAAAAGUGUCAAGAACAGAGAGUACCAUGAUAAGAAAGCAAAAGUAGUAAACUUGAAAGUUGUUUGAAUGUUUGAGUUUCUAGUAUUAUAGACUUUGUAUCAAUAAAUAAGGUAAAAGUUAGUUUUCUCUUCUGAUGAGCAAGUCUUAAGAAAAAAUAAGCCAAUGAGAUAUAAACUCCUGCUUCUGAUGUAACAACUUUGGGGAAGCACCAAUGAGAAACAGGCCUCCAUGGAGGAGGCGGAGGGGGGGGCAGGAUGCUGGGAGCAGGGGUGGUAGGAGAAGCACCAGGAGAUUUAAGCCGGGUCUCCUGGGGACCAGAGCAGUGUGUUCUGAGAGUUCAAAACACUUGAGAGAACUGACUUAACCCCUUGACUUACUCCUUGAAUAAGCACCAAACUGAGAGAGCCUGGUAGCUGCCCAGCUGUAGUCUGCAACAAACAAGGGUAGUUCCAACCUGAGUGUCUGUUGAUUUUUCCACUUACGUUAAUGAAUAAGGCAGAAGUGAAAUAGCAAAAUUGUAUGUUGGAACUUUACAUGUUUGUCAAUGACUUAAGCAACUUCUUUCCUAAAUCAGAGAAUAGCUUACAAAUACUGGAAGGCUAUUUCCUCAUAUUUUUUUGUGCCCACAAUAUAACAGCUACAGACACACUUUUAAGUUAAGUCUGCGUCAUUAACAUUUUCUCUAUCACUUUAGUCUAGACAGUCAACAAAACAAUAAAUCAAGGCCUCACUUUUGGCAUUUGCUGAUUUCCAUGGUAUACAUAACUCUCAAGUAGCUGGUUUCAAGAUGGUGACCAGCGUGAAGUUCCUGAACACACAGAGAAGAGAUACGCAACAGCAGUACGCUGUUGUAUGGUGUUUCUACCACAUACAAGCAAAUAUCCUCAGGGUAUAGAGAGGAGUAAAACGUAAUUAAGAAGUGAUGAGUUUGGGCUGUUUAUUAACUUUGUUUUUUAUAUAAUUUAAUUGUAAGUUUAGAUAAUUUUUAAUGGUGAUUGUGUUUAACAACUGGCUUGUAAAGUGCCUGAAAAUUUAACAAUCGGAUCUCGUGACCUUUUUUGCACUGGCUCCAGCAUACCCCUGGGUCACUAAUUCUUUCUUGGCCCGCUGUUUCCAAAUAAAUAAACCUCUCUGCUUUGUUAACCACCUGGUGUUUAAAAAAAAAAAAUUCUCAUUUUAUCCCAUGAGAUGGGGAAGGGAAGACUGGGGUGAAGUGCUGUCCCCCGUCUGAGCAUUGCUGGCCGGGGGACGGCCUGAUUUUAGGUGAAUAAUUCACACUUAGGAAGUUUGUGAGGCUUCACUGUGAAGGGGAGGAUUGAAGCCUGAGGGUUUCUCGAGAGCCUUCCCUGCUGUUUGGGCCAGCUCACUGCUGUCUUGGCACAAUCUUGGGAGAGUCAUUUUACUCGUGUUUGGGGGGAGAUUGAGUGACACAUGGAACAGGCCACAUUACGGCUAGUUUGUAGCAAGCAGGAAAGGGGAAAGAAGAACCCUCCUCACCCCAAAUCCUUCCUUUCCUCUUCUUUUUUCCUUUCCUGUUGUCACCCAUCACAUUCCCUGAUGUCAUUCCUGCCAUUGUGAGCUGACAGGCUCUCCAGCCUGCUGGACAGCCCGUAAGUCAGGAGGGGAGGUGGAGCUGUGGAGGUGCGGGGAGUAGUGGUCACACCAACACCUGGAGGUGGGCUGGGUCUGCGUGGAGCCCCAGAGAUGUUCCCAAGCCCCUUCUUCCAAAGAACCAAUGAAUAAAAUUAGGGGCCUCCCACGUGAGGUCAGGGAACCAGGCCCUGGAGUGGAACUUGGAGUGGAAGAUGGCCUUCUUUGUCAACUGAUUCAUUCUCCAGAAUUCAACUUGUUCUCCGACUCGAUGGUGUUUGAAAGCAACUUUAUCCAGGUCACUAAGCCCGGGAACUGGCUGGAUGUCUAUAAAGGAUCUACCACUGUGAUCCUUGGGGUGACCUCCUCGGUGCCCUCCUUGCCACUCCCCAACGUCCUCCUGAUGGCCAACGUCACCUGGCCCCAGGGUCAGUCUUCCACCCGGGGCACACCUGGUUGUGCUCCAGUCAUCACCCUCAGCAGGAUUCUCCCUCUGAAGUAUGUGGAGCUACGAAUCUGUGACCGGCUCCAACGCAUCCUGAGGGUUAGGACACUGACUGAAAAGAUCUACUACCUGAAGCUCCACGAGAAACACCCAGAGGCAGUGUUUCAAUUCUGGAUCCGCCUGGUGAAAAUUCUGCAGCAAGGUCUGUCCAUCACCACCAAAGACCCAAGAAUCCAGUUCACUCACUGCCUAGUGCCCAAGAUGUCCAGCAGCUCCACCGGAACAACACCAGAAAGCAGCCUCCCAUCAUCCUCCCAGCCCAGUGAAAGCUUCAUGCUGUUGGCAGCCGAGCAGACCAGUGGCAGUUUCUCACAUCUCGCAGGAAGGUCCCAGCUCCCAGCAGACAGAAACACCGAUCCUGCCACUGAAGUAGACAAUUCCGACAGCUGCCACAAGACACUCUCACCUGUGGUUUCUCCGAUCAAUAUGAAUGUACCCAUGAGAGCGGUCUUGAGUCACAGCCUCUGGGAACAAGACAAUCCAGAUGAGCACUUCCUUCAGACUCCUGUAGCCAGUUCCCUAGGACAGAACUUUUUGGGACCCUGACACUUAGCCAAAAUGGGGUGCUCUUCCCUGGCUUCAUUCAGUGCACUUGCUACAACCUCCUAUAAUGCUGUUUUCCCACUGUGGGCCAAAUUACCAUGGGAGAGGUAAGAUGGUGUUUAUAACAAAGUGCUUCUGUCCUUCCACCAAUAAACCUCCAAGUAAGUCUUUAA